AGUUGGAACAAAAAAAUAUGAACUAAAAAUUUGUAAAGGAAAGAAAAAAGACAAAGGGAAAAGGAAAAGAAUAGCAAAGAGGGAAAGAGAGUGAGAAAGGAAUUGGCAUCAAAUCGAAUUGGGCGUUUUGACCUUCGACUGCGACACAACCAGACCGGAGCUACCAGGUGGAGACUGGCUGCCGGAAGCCGGUCGCCGGUGGGUGGAGGAAAAACACACUCGAACAACACUUCUUUCUCUUAAUUCUCACCGCCAUAUUCUUCCAUUCUUCAAUUCUCCUCUCAUCUCACCUCCCCGGCCAUGUUUCACCAAAACAAUAUGCAGCUGGCUAUUCGGAUACCGUCAUCGCCUGCCCAAGAUUCUCCACAGAAUAUUCAAGUCGAUCAAAGUGACAAAAAUGGGAGCUACCCACAUGCCGAAUACAUCUUCAACUAUUCCAAGAAACUUGAAGAGGAUCUACACAUGUUUGGAAUGAAAAUAAAGCAGCACGAAGACAACAUUAAAUUUCUUAAGACUCAGAAAAACAAAUUAGAUGAAUCAAUUCUCGACUUGCAAGUUAUUCUAGGCAAGUAUCAUUCUUCUGGCACACCUGUGGGGGAAAACGAGGUUCAUUCCCAUUCUCAAAAUGAUGAGGAAACAAUGGAACAGAUUAUGCGGCAGGAGAAAUCUGCUGCUAGCAUUAUAUGUAAAUUGAGCACACAUCAUGGUCUUCAGGCUUACAACCUCAUGUUGACAAAGGACGUAUUGGGUAUUGUUGCUCGGCUUGGAAAAGUUGACGAUGAUAAUCUUAGCAGAUUGCUCUCUGAGUACUUGGGAAUGGAAACUAUGCUGGCAAUUGUUUGUAGAACAUAUGAGGGAGUGAAGGUGCUAGAAACAUAUGACAAGGAAGGUUGCAUAAACAAAAGUCUUGGCCUUCAUGGUCUUGGUGCUUCAAUUGGAAGGAACUUGGAUGGCCGGUUUCUCGUAAUUUGUCUUGAACACUUGAGACCAUAUGCUGGCGACUUUAUUGCCAAUGAUCCACAAAGGAGGCUUGACCUUCUAAAGCCAAGAUUACCUAAUGGGGAGUGUCCACCUGGCUUUCUAGGCUUUGCUGUUAACAUGAUCAAUAUUGAUAGCACACACUUGUUUUGCCUCGCAGCCAAUGGAUAUGGUCUCAGGGAAACCCUGUUCUAUUCUCUAUUUUCUCGUCUUCAAGUAUAUAAAACCAGAGCAGACAUGCUGCAAGCUCUCCCUUGCAUUAGCGAUGGUGCAGUAUCUUUAGAUGGAGGAAUGAUCAAGGCUACUGGUGUUUUUUGCUUGGGCAAUCAGGAAGAUGUUCAGUUGAGAUUCCCAAAGGCCUCAAUGAAAUCAAGCCUGCCUGAAAAUUACAUUGAAUCUGAGAGGCAGAUUAAAGAACUCAAGUGGAAAAAGGAAAAGAUGAUUGAAGAUAUAAGGAGAGAACAAGCGUUACUGGACAAUACGAAGGUCAAUUUUGACAGGAAAAAGGCGGAGUUUCUAAAGUUUCUGACUGAGAGCUCAUCAUAUGCAGCUCAGCAACAACUCUCAGCCAAGCCAGAGAGGUUGACACCACGAUGAAGUUUGGAAUAGAGAACCUAGUCUUCCAGUGAACAACUUGGGGGAGGAACUACUGUGAGAGCAGUCAGCUGCAAUAUUUAACUCUGCAAAAAUGUAUAAGCUUCUUAUUGCAUUUUUGAGGUAAAUAUCUUAUGUUUUAGCUGAAAGUUCUCAGGGGAAUGGUAUGGAAUAGGCAGUGGAAUGACAUGGCAUCUGUAGUUCCUCUCUGGAAUAGGCAUUUUUUUUCUUCCAGUGCUUGCUAUCUAAAUUUAUUGACACUUGUGUUCUUGAUAGUGGAGACUAUGGUUCUCUCUUGCCUUGCAGUAAUCUAGAAGGGAUGGCGGUUUGUAUCGAUCA